CUGCUCGCGAAGCCCACACUGCUUUCCCCCUCUCGAGACAGAAACAGGCUGUUCGCACUGUGGGGGCUCCGUGGAGACUCCCGGCACGCCGCUCCAGUGACCUCUAAUUGCAGAAUCGAAAUGCUAUUCUCCAGUGUGGCCAGAUAACGCCAUCUAGACACAGGAGCUCGGGUCCACCACCUUCCAGAUUCUGAACGCGGACCUCACGAGAAGUCUACACGUGGGGCGUAACACAGCUGAUCGACCCAGGGUGAAGAGUGUGGAACCUCAUUCCCAGUCAUCUGAACAGGCCACAAUGAGUGCUAAAUCAGCCAUCAACAAGGAGAUCUUUACCCCGCACGAUGAGAGGAUGUUGGCAGCUGUGCAGGUGAAGAGGAGGACGAAGAAGAAGCUCCCCUUCCUGGCGACAGGAGGCCAGGGCGACUAUUCCACUUUCAUCUGCCUGUCAGUCACUAACAGGAAGCCGACACAGGUCUCCAUCACGAAAGUAAAGCAGUUCGAGGGCUCUUCCUCCUUUAUCCGGAGAUCCCAGUGGACCCUCGACCAGCUGAGGCAGGUCAAUGGCAUCGACCCCAACAGGGACGGCCCGGAGUUUGACCUGAUGUUCGAGAACGCCUUCGACCAGUGGGUGGCCAGUUCAGCUGGGGACAAGUGCAUGUUCGUUCAGGUCCUGCACCACACCUGCCAGCGCUAUAGUGCCGACAGGAAGCCCGAGUUCGUCAACUGCCAGUCCAAACUGCUGGGAGGUAACAGCAUCCUGCACUCUGCGGCGGACAGCGUGACCAGCGCCGUGCAGAAGGCCAGCCAGGCUCUUAACGAGCGCGGGGAGAGGCUGGGCCGCGUGGAAGAGAGGACCGGAGACCUGAUGAACAGUGCCCAGCAGUUCGCCGACACGGCACACAAGCUGGCCAUGAAGCACAAGUGUUAAACUACGCACAGUUCUGCCAAGGAUCGCUGGCUCCUAUAUGGUGGAUGGAUUUUUGUCUACGUGCUGUUCUUUGAAACAAACGAUUUCAAAAUAUUAGAAUUAUGAGAGUUUUAUUUAACAUCUUCCUGAGUAUUCCUGAAGGGGAGUUGAAACUGAUGUAUGGGAUGGCUCUGGCCCUCCGACUGUGAGAAGAACCAGCUUUAGGGCAUUUCAUUUUUCCUGGUUCAUGUAGAGAUGAUGGUUAAUUCUGAUAAUAAUUUGUGUUGCAUUCUGAUCAGUUAACAUUGUAACAAGGACAAAACAAAAUACCGUUAGCUUUGGCCUAAAGGUUUUAUUGCAUCCCUGUAUUCCUAAUACAUCUCACAAUAGCGGUGUAAUACAUUUCAAAGCCAACAAUGGCUAUUGGAUGCUUCCAUUUUUAGAGAGGGCUGACAUUUAUUUUAAAGUGAUUUGGCAGUAUCACUGCUUGAAGGACAUCGACUCUAUAGUUUUUCCCCCUGACAAACUUUUUGGAUAUAUGAUGAAUAUGCUGUAUUCUGAGAGGAUUUGAUGGAAUCAGAUACUGGUAUUUAAAAAAAAAAAUUUUUUUGAUCUUUUCAUAUAUUUUCACAACUUUAGAGUUACAUCUUUAAAUGUAGUCAGAAUUAUAUUCGAAGUGAAAUUAAAAUAUUAAUCAAGUUAUGCAGUUGGGUAUUUAGUCUAUGAAAUUUGCAAAUCUCUCAAAGACGAGCAGUAUAGAGGCAAUUACUUUUGUUAGAAAAUAAGUGAAACAUCAGUAGAGAACAUUUAGGUUUGGCUAUUUUAAUUGGUUCUUGUUUUUAAGGAACGAGCCAUGAGCAGAAUGUGCCAUUUUAAGCUUUAUGAAGAUGAUUAAAGAAAAAUGGUAUUAGAUCAGGCUCGUAUUGUUUUGUAUGAUGUCUUGGUUAAAUAGUUGAGGUAACUUUCUUCUUAGCAAACUAUGAAAAUGUUGCUUGCUAUACCUUUUUAAAGCAUAGGUUCUCAUUGUUCAUAAUGUACUUCAAAACAGUUAGGUAUAAUGUGUGUAAAUAUUUAUCAGGAAUAUGUAUUCAAUAUCACAGGUUACUUUAGUAUUUAACAUGUUACUUCUAAACUAACAUUUGUUUAUACUGCCAUCAUAAAUGGUAUUUUACCAAUAUUUGCUAUUUUUAAUUCAGUAACAGUACGUGUCCCAUGAUUUUAUUGAAUGAGUAGAAUGUUAACAUUUUGUUUUUCUUAUUUUUUUUAUUUUUUUUUGUAAUUUUUGGUCAAACACUUACAAUGAGCAUUUUAUGAAGACUUUUAUUUUUAAAUGUGACCCAUCUUGGUUUUGCCCUUGCUUGUGGUUCUUCAUACCUGUAGCUGUACUGUGUUUAAUGGGUCUCCUCGAAGUAUUUAACCGCAGACGCCCGGCGUGCUGGCCUGGUUUAUUCGGUUUUCUUCCCUAACUUCAACAUGCGGUUGCGAGGCACUGGCAUCUUUAGCUUGAGCAUCACCAAUCCCUAUUUUCUUUAGAAAAAAAGGUUAGAACCACUUUUUGAGGUGGUGUUUAUGUUAAUAAAAGUGUAAAAUACCGUUGUACAUUAUUACCUAACCUAUACCAUAAUUUUGUCAAAGUUUAGCGACAUUGCCUCCGUAUUUCCUCCUGUGGCAUCAGAUUUUGUUGUAAAUUCUUUUCUUACCUUAUGUAGUUGCAUUUGGGACUCAUUUUAUAGUUCCGUUAACUGUUCAAUAUAUAGACUUUGUCUACCAGGACUUAGUUUAUAAAUCUAAUUAACAAUUACAAUAGUUUUUUAACUUCAUAAAUUGUAUUGUUUGGAUAAUGAUGAUAUAUUUCAAUGUUCAGUGGCUCUGAAAUCAACUACUUUGUAUGUUUAUUAGUAAUUCCACAGUUUCAACACCAGGAGGCUCUAGCACAUCAGUUUCUCGCUUUCGCCCCUCUGAUGCAACUCGCUUGCAUUAUCAAGCUGUACGUGAGCUCUUACCACACUUGCUCUGAGCUUUCAGUUUGAAUAGAUGUGUAAAGUCUGCCUCUAUAGCUAAUCUAGGUGUUUUUAGACCUACUGUAGCCGUUCGUCACGGGUCAUCUUAACGGCAGUGUUAAGGUAGAAUCCACACACCUUCACAGUGCAACUGAAGAUAAUUGAAAAAACAAGUGAAGAUGAUUUUAGUAAUUUAUUCAAUUACAUGCACUAUUUUUUCUGACCGAAAGUUUCUUACUUUAGAUGCUUUAGUUUAUCAGGCACAGUUUUUGAGACUAGGUGACUUUAUUGACAAAGGCACUACUUUUGAAAACUAACAAAUAUAUUUUAUUUCUUUUAAUACAUUUAUACAAUCUUAGUGACAAUUUGUUUUUAUUCAUAAAUGAAUUGUGUAUAAUGUUGUAUAUUCAAAAAUCUAUCUAAAAUUUUAAUUCUACCCCCAUUGAAUCCCUCCCAAUUAAAAAUAUAUUUUAUACAUGAGGUUUUAUUUCUUAACAUAGUUUGCUUUUUAAUCAAAUUAGCAAGUUACCGUAUCCUAUGACGGUAGAUUGCUAAAUGUAGUAUUAUAAGGCUGUCUAAUUUGUGAAUAAAUUUCUCAUGGUACAGAGUGCCCUGCCCCCGUUUACGUUUCGUAGUGCACACACACCUGAUUACACUAAGGUGUGUGUAGCCUUAAUUCGUUUUUAGUUCUCUGUAAAUCUGCCUCUCCUGGUAGAAUGUGGUCAGAGGCAGGAGAACAGAACCCCUGGUGUGCAGUUCUGUGUAUUCCGGGCAUAACGGUGUUGCAGUAUUGGCUUCAGUGGUUGUUGCUGUAAUACAGUUUACGUUAUUUAACACUAGUGGACUUUAAAGGCGAUCAGGGACAGCAACCCCACGCUGCUUCUGUGUUGCUGUGUGUUGUCUGUUUCUUCUCAGUGACGUUUUUUGUCUUUCUUUUUUUUUUAAUGGUUUGUUUUUUGUUUUUUUGUUUUAUUAAAAAACUGCCACUUUACACUAAUAAUUCAGAACUCCUACCAGUUAUAUAAAAGAAUGAUGAAGUACUUAGACACUAGUUAUAACCCUAACACUUAGUUUCACUGGGAUGCUGGCACUGUGCUAACUGCCUGGAAUUCCACGAAUAUCAGUGUGGUCUGGGACUACAUGUCUUCUGAGUAUAGUUUUGUUAUUCAUUCCACUCACCUUCCCAUCAUUUAACUGAAACUUACCAGACACCUUAAACAAUUGUUCUGUCAAUGCUACAAGUUGGAAAGCCCUUUUUGUGUACAGAGCCUCUCUUCCGUUUCAUUUGUUAUUACACUCAUGGGUUGUUGUAAAUUUGUCUAAAACACUUUUGAGACAUCAGUUGCACACACAAAGGAUUGUCAUGUUCAUACUGUUUUUGUUCCAAUGUAAAGGGCCUGUACAUUGUUUUUGUUCCAAUGUAGCACCAAGACAAUUCAUACUGUAAUUGUGGUCACAUGACUUUCGUGUGAUUUUCCUAUUGAGUUUAGUAAAUUGUAAAUAUUUGGUUUAUUAUAUGUAUGAAUGGUGCUGAGACUAGGCAGACACGUUCCCACAAUGCACUCCUCUCUUGCAGAAAACAUGCCCUCCAUACAUUCCAAGGCGAUCUUUUGUGUAGUCUCAUGAUAACACACAGUUGUAGAUGUGUGUACGUCAACCCAUACUAUUUGAUUUUGAGUACAUGUGUGUUGUCUAAUGUAUGAUUCUUCCAUGAGGAGUUUCUUCCUGGUAAUGUGUACUCUGGAAAGAUUUGCCAAAGACUCCAUCACACACAAUAAAUAAAAAUUCCAAAGCUUCCUAUUAACAAGUGAAACACACACCUUGUUUCUGACAGAACAGUUUCCUUUUGAAAUUCUGUUACAGGUUUAAUGUGUAAAAUGAUCUCAUUCAAGGGUCACAGUAAACCACAGGGGGACAUCCUCUAAUGAAAGUGUCCACACUCUUUACUGGUUGAUUUCCUGCAGGAGCAGUAUAUGAUGAUCAUAUGUCAUGCGUGUGCCAGGGUGGUCUAUGUGUUUUGUGCUGCUGUACGCUCUAUGGAAGUUUUCCUCUGAAUAAAUGUUCUGAGUAACA